AUGGCGCUGGAUACAGCAACCUAUGCUCACUGUCUGGCCGGCAUAACUGGCCCUCCGGGCUCGCCCUACGAAGGCGGUCUUUUCUACGUGCAUAUCCUGAUCCCGGACAGUCACCCGAUGCGUCCGCCGGUCAUCAGAUUCCUGACUCGCAUUUUGCACCCAAACAUCAGUUUCCAUGGGGACAUCGGGUUGGACUGUAUUCGCCACAAUUGGAGUUUGGCGCUGACCCUGGACAAACUGCUUCUUAGCGUACAGUCCCUGCUCACCGAUCCCUACACAAAGGUCUGCAUGGAACCGGCUAUCGGCGCUCUGUACAAUCGUGAUCGUGACAAAUUUGAGGAGCUGGCAAAACUUUGGACGUGGAAGUUUGCCUGUCACGACUAUUUGUCAACGUCUUUUGUGUCACAGGUUUCGCUGCCAGACUUCACGACCUUUUAG